UCGUCGAUAUCCGUCAGGACUCCGCAUACCUGCCAGCAGCCGACAUACAGCACCGUUGCCGCCGCAGCCGACCUCGACUCUACCUUGACACUAUUCGCGGAGAGACAGAACGAGAAACAGACUCGCCAUGGGGUUGGAGGCGAGGGGUGUCGACAACGACACCCGCGGGUGGAUUCUUAGCAGCGUCAGCGGCAUAGCUUGCGUCUUUGGCGCGUCCAUCAUCUGCGUCGAUGCCUUGGUGCGCCUCAUCCCGGGCAAGUCCAACUUCCGUAUCCAAGACAGCAACAUCUUCCUUGCGUGCUCACUGAGCUUGAGCUUCGGCGUCAUGCUCUUCUCCUCGUUGUUCAGCAUGCUCCCCGAGUCCAAAGAAUACUUUAAGCAAGAGGGUUGGACCGAUCAAGCUGCUGGCCUUGUUAUGAUGGGCUUCUUUGCCGCAGGCUUUAUUGGCAUCCAGGUCGUCUCGCGAAUCGUCCACCAGUUUAUGCCCUCCCACGUCGUCGACUGCGACCAUAGCCACGACGAUACUGCCUCUCACGAUGGCCAUGCCCACCACGCGCACUCGGGCCGAGCACAUUCUCGAUCUAAUCGCGGCCGUCGCAUGCUCUCUCGAGCCCCUGACAAUAAAAUCUCUGAUAUUGUCGAGACGAGUAGCGAUGAUCAGCACCUCAUGAGCGAAUCAACUCCUCUACUCAGCUCAGAGAGCCGUAAUGCUGAUACGACGCUGACUCGCCAAACCUCUGCGAGAGAUGAAAUGAUCCAGCGACCCGGCAGCCCCUUGACGCUGACCCGCAGCCGGACUACUACCGCUGGCGAUUCCACAACCCCAAGCAGGCGACCUUCCAUAUUCGAGGUUCAGAAGAGGGUCAUGUCCUUUGUCAAGGACACCAAAGCCAACUGUGACGAAUCUGGGCCUUGUUACGGAUAUACUGAUCCCUGUGGCCAAGAAUGCUUCAAGCAUAUGAGCAGUCGCGCGGCCAGCAAUGCGCGCCCGCUGCCGGCUCUCCGCACAGCUACUGGGCAUUUCCAACCUCACCACUCCUUUCAUGCUACCCAUGAUCACGGUCACGAUCACGGUCACGAUCACGAUCACGAUCACACUCGCAGAGAUACCAGCGACGCACCUGUCAGCCCCAGCCGGGUGGCCUCUCGCGACUCCUUGACCUUGACGGAUGAGGACACCAGUGAGAACGGCUUUCCCUGCGACCAGAUGGACGAAGGCGAUAUGGAAGCUCAGCAUCACCACCACGUCCCUGCCAAUGCCUUCCUCGCUAUAGGGCUGCAAACCUCCAUUGCCAUUGCCCUGCAUAAAUUCCCUGAAGGUUUCAUCACCUACGCAACAAACCACGCCAACCCUGCCCUGGGACUCAAUGUCUUCAUGGCUCUAUUCGUCCACAACAUCUCCGAAGGCUUUGCCAUGGCCUUGCCCCUUUACAUGGCUCUUGGGUCCCGCUUGCGAGCCAUGGUCUGGUCGGCUUUAUUAGGUGGCCUGUCCCAGCCCCUCGGAGCAGGCAUUGCGGCGCUGUGGUUCAAACUUGCCAACAAGACGCAUAUGACUCUAAAUGCUGUAGCGUAUGGGUGUCUCUUCGCCUUGACAUCGGGCAUCAUGGUUAGCGUUGGCCUGCAGCUCUUUGUGGAGAGUCUCAGCCUUAACCAUGAUCGCAAUAUGUGCAUGUUCUUUGCAUUCCUUGGCAUGUCGCUGUUGGGUUUGAGCAAUGCCCUCUUUGCGGAUCACUAACACGCCUAUUCAUGUAUGCGUGCUUUCCGGUAAAUUACAUGAUAUAGUCGAGUGUGCAUAUAUCAUUCAUAGGGCCUGAAAUAGCCACUUUUCUUAAUAUGAUACGGGGGCUCUAUAUUUCCUAUGUCUUGUCUAACAAUGCAUUGGGGUUUUGGCUGCACUAGAUUAUGGAUUAAGGAGUCAAUCGGGGAAUUUUUUAUGGGAUAUCCUUACUUUUUCUUAUCGUUGUUUCUUUUUUCGAGUGCAGUUUUCACGACAGUUACUGAAUGGAACGGAAUAUGGCGUGCGGUCAUUAAUGGCUGCUGCGGGCACCUUAAGUGAAGAAAUUAGAAGCGACACAGAAGCAUUGUUUUGCAUGGACUGGUUAGUACUUAGGAUAUGGGACGGUUUUUGCAGAUGAAUUAAAAAUACCAUUUG